UCAAAUCGGAUCCUCCGUCAUCGGACAGUGAAGAAACACACAAACUCUGUUUUUUUUCUCUCUCAAUUAAAAUCCCAAUUCGAAACCCUAACCAUCAAUUUUUCUCGAAGAAAUGAGCAACGACGAUGGCACCACCGUGGAGAUCACCCACAAAACCAUCGGCCCAUCUCGUCCGUCUCGAAUUCGAGUGGCGUCUCGUAUCAAAGUUCGUGAUUUGAGGAACGCGAUUGCGGAAAAGGGUCGGUUCCCCGUCGCGAAUUUGAGGAUGAUUCUCCGUGGGAAGGCACUGCAAGACGAGGAAGAUGGAGAGGAUGUAUACGUCACGCUCAAGGACGAAGAUUCCUUAACCGUUGCUGUGAUACCAAAAAGACCAGUUGGAGUUGAGACAUACGAUGAUGAUGAUGAUGACGAGGAACUGAAGUUUAAGCUCCCACCAUCAGCAAGCAGGUGGAAGAGGAAGCUUUACUACUUUCUUCGUAACAAGUUGAAGCUUCCCGAUAUCAUUCUUAUGGGACUCUUCUCUUUAAGUCUGAAGAUGUGGGCUAUUAUCACCUUGUGGUUUAUCUUGGCUCCUAUUGCCCAUCGUUGGGAACUAGGCCCUAUAUUCUUACUAGGGACUGGCUUCUCAAUCAUCUUACUCAAUCUUGGUAAACGACAACCCGGUGAUGUCAGUGCAUAUUCCAUAUUCAACGAGGACUUUAGAGAGCUUCCAGGUACAUAUAAUGCAGAGCGUAUAGACCGUGACAUACGAGCAGGCCAUAUAUGAUGCAAGAUUGCACAUUGGCAUGACUAAGGUUAACAUCAACGGUGGAACAGAACUUAUAGCCAGUAUGCAACCAAAAGAAAAAGAUCAGAUGUUUUUUAUCCCAUCAGAUUGAGACAACACAAAGCAUCACAGUACUUGUACAUGAGAUCUAAUUUUGAUAUUGCAACAUUAUAAUAUUUUCAAAAAUAUGUAUGAUAUCAUACUUUCUGUCA